AUGAACUCGAAGAUGAACCAGCCAACUGGAGCGCAGGUAAUUGCGCGAGCUCUUAAAAAUCUUGGGGUUACAGUCAUCUUCGGCAUUGUCGGCAUCCCGAUUGUUGAGAUUGCUGAAGAAGCAAUCAAUUUGGGGAUACGGUUCAUCGCUUUUCGGAACGAACAAGCAUGCAGCUAUGCAGCUAGCGUCUACGGAUAUAUCACUGGGACGCCUGGUGUUUGCUUGGUCGUGGGAGGUCCUGGAGUAUUACAUGCAAUGGCAGGGAUUGGAAAUGCAUCUGUAAAUGCGUUCCCGUUGCUUGUUCUUGCUGGUUCAGCAGAAACGACUCUCGUGACUAAAGGAGGAUUCCAAGAGAUGGAUGCUAUAUCAUUGCUUACUCCACAUACUAAAUUAUCUGUGAGGCCUGUAUCGGUAGAUCAUACCGAAAAUGCCAUAUAUGAUGCUUACAGAACAUGUUGGUAUGGCCGCCCGGGCACAACUUUCGUUGACCUACCGGCGGAUUUGAUACAAGGGAAAGCAACAAACAUCUCGCCAUCCGCGGGUCUACAAUUGGUGCAUGCACCCCCGAAACCCGCCGGUGACCCCAGUGUUAUAUUCAAAGUGGCACAACUUCUCAGAUCUGCCCGUGCUCCUUUAGUGGUUGUGGGCAAGGGAUCAGCGUACGCAAGAGCUGAAGAACCUAUUCGCAAGCUGAUCAAUAGCGCACGUUUGCCAUUCUUACCGACCCCGAUGGGUAAGGGUGUUGUACCUGAUUCCCACCCACUCAACACCUCCAGUGCACGGAGUGUUGCGUUGAAGAACGCGGAUGUCGUUCUGCUUCUCGGGGCUAGACUGAAUUGGAUUUUGCACUUUGGUGAAGCGCCCCGUUGGUCACCGGAUGUCAAGAUUAUCCAAGUGGACGUCCAUGCCGAAGAGAUUGGCCGCAACUCUGGGAGCGGUGAAUUGGGUAUAGUGGGUGAUAUAGAGCUGGUGGUUGAUCAGCUCCAUAGGGCUCUCGGUGAUUGGCACUAUCAGCCACCUUCUAACUCACCCACUUCUUAUCCUGCGCUGUUGUCUGCUUCUGCCACCAAGAAUGAAAAUAAGUCACAGGAGAAGGCCCUCCAAGUCACGGCAUCCGGGAAGUUUUUGACCUUCCAGCGCGCUUUCCACCUCAUUAAAACAACACUCAACUCUCUUUCACCUCCGGAAAACGGAGACAUCGUCUAUGUUUCCGAAGGUGCUAACACAAUGGAUAUCUCCCGCUCUGCGUUCCCUCUACAGCACCCCCGUCAGAGGCUCGAUGCUGGUACCUAUGCAACCAUGGGUGUUGGCCUAGGUUACAUCAUCGCUGCCCAUGCAGCUUAUAACCUUCCCCAACCAGAUGGCACACUUGAAGCGCCAUCACCGAAGAAAAUUGUUGCAUUAGAGGGUGACAGCGCAUUUGGUUUUAGUGCCAUGGAGGUCGAAACUCUUGCUCGACACCAAAUUCCUGCCUUGAUCUUCGUGAUGAACAACUCCGGUGUAUAUCACGGUGAUGCCAAGACAGAAGAGGACUGGCGUAUUCUACAGCAGGAAACGCUUUCAAAUGAGACAAGAGUAGAUGAACCCACUAGGUCUUCUACUUCGGACAAGAAGGGGCUUCGAUCUACAAGUCUUUUAUACGAGACGCGAUAUGACCGUUUAGCAAGCGUGUGCGGUGGACAGGGCUUCUUUGUACGGAAUGAGGAAGAGUUGGAAAAGGCAACAAGAGCAGGAUUUGCGGAGAAGGAGAGGUUUACCAUUGUCAACGUUAUCAUCGAGCCUGGCAUAGGGCAAACUAUUGAGUUUGGAUGGCAAGCUGCAAAGAAAGACAAGCAAGGGUCGAAGCUAUAG